AUGCCGCGACCAGAUCUCGCAUCAAUUGAUGUGAGCUACCGGCGCAUCCCGAUCAUGGCUCUAGGCAAGGAUGUAUACAUCGAUUCGCGACUGAUUAUCUCAAAACUCGAAUCUCUAUAUCCUAGUAGUACCUUGACACUAAAAACGACCGAACAAGCUGGAGUCAGAAAACUCCUAGAAAACUACAGCGAUGGUGGUCUCUUCAACAAUGCCGUAAAGCUCAUGCCAUACUGGUCAUCGACAGGCUUGAUACAGAACAACAUGUUCCUCGACGACCGGCAGAGGCUGAUGGGUGGAAGACGCAUGACGGCGGAGAACAUGCAAGCUGGCCGGCCAGAUGGUCUGCAGAAUAUGCGACAGGCUUUUGAGCUGAUGGAGAACACAUUUUUGGCCGAUGGCAGGCAAUGGAUCCUGGGGACGGAAGGAUUGACCGUCGCAGAUAUCGAUGCGGCAUGGCCCUUUGAGUGGCUCAUCGUGGAUCGUGGCAUGAAAGGCGCACUACCCGAGGAACAAUUUGGCGAGAAGAACUACCCGCGGACACACGCUUGGAUCCAACGUUUCAUGCGCAAUAUCAAAGGUGCAAAAGGAAAGUCCCCGAAGCCUACCGCACUCGAUGGGAAGACAAUGAGUACGCGGGUCUUGGAUGCGACCUCACCUACCGAGCCUGUGACUUUUGACAACAACGACGCUCUUGGGUUUCACGCCGGCGACAUGGUCCAAGUAUUUCCAUCUGACUACGGCCAAGCGCACAAAGAUAGUGGAGCUCUAGUUGGCCUCACAGCCUCCGAAGUCGUGAUCCGCAACAGCAAAGGUCUCCAUCUCCACUUCCCGCGCUGGAACUUCCGUAUUGUGAGGGCCACGGGUGAAUCUUCGAUGCCGCCAUCACUCAGCAGCGAAAAAACGAUACCCAAGAUGCGUCUCAUAUACCACUCUUUCUCGCCAUACACGCGCAAAGUCUUCAUGCUCGCCCACGAGCUAAACCUCGCGCAGCACAUGACCCUCGAAAAAGUUGUCGUAGCCCCCAUCCCCAUCAAGGGCUGGAGUGACAACACCGAAGACGUUGCGGUGUACAAUCCGAUGGGCAAGAUACCUUGCCUGGUCACCGGAGAUGUGCCAACUGGUGUUUUCGACUCGAGAGUAAUCUGCGAGUACCUCCAGGAACUGGCAGGUGUGAAAGUGAAGAAGGAUAAGAAGUACUGGCAGAUGAAAGCGCUGCAUGCGUGUGCGGAUGGCAUCAUGGAUGCAGCUGUGCUCAUCACGUAUGAAUUACGUAUCAGGAAAGAGCGUGGACUGUAUUUCAAGGAGUGGGUGGAGGGCCAGAAGACGAAGAUCUUGCGUGGAUUAGAUCGUUUCGAGACUGUUGUAAAAGAUGGGAUACUGUUGGAGCCCGGCAGUGCACCAGCGUCAGUGGAUGAAAUUGCUGUUGCUGUUGCCACAGCUUUGACGGCGCAGAUGGGUUUCUUGGGUCUUGAUUGGCAGAAAGGAAGACCCAAUCUGCUGGAGUGGAUGAGAAAGUGGGAGACGAGGGGUAGUUUUGUGAAGACGCCACCGACGCAGGAUUGGGUUGUCAAAAACACGGCCGAGAGGGUCCCGAAACUGUAG